AUGCCCAUCCUCCAGAGGAGUUGUUCCCUAUUGUUGUUGAAGAAUGGUUCAAGUUAUGUACGUAAAUGUUUCAAUAGUUUUAGUGAAGGGAUUGAAGAAAUUUUAGGUAACAGUAAGGCAUCAAAUAAAUGGAGGAAAGAGAUACAAGAGUUAAAAAGGAACACACAAAUAAAAAAGGAUGACGUUGAUAUUAACGAAAUAAAUUACUUGAUCAGGAAAGACAAGAAGAACAAAAAAAGGAAGGAACAACUAAGAGGUGAGCUAGUAAGUUGUAUAAAUGAUGACAGAAGUGUUGAAAGAAAUGUUAAUGAGGAAGUCGUGGAAGAGGACGAAAUAGAGAAAGGGGAUAACAUUAAUAAUAGUUGUAGUAACAGUAACAAUGACAAAGAGAAGUUCAACUUGUUUCAUAUGGGCAAUAGAACUAUGAAGAAUGUGAACCUAGAUAAAAAAAAAUUAUAUGAACUGUAUGAAUCCAUUAAUUCUUAUGAUAAGUGGGACGUGGAAAAGAUAAACUAUACUAAUAGUAAAACGGCAGAAACGAAGACAAUUGUAGUAGAGAAAAGAUUCAACACAUCUCUUGGAAGUGAUAGAGAUAUUUUUCAUAUAGACAAUUAUUACGAUAUGUUUGAAGAGGAUGGGAACAAUGGAAGUGCAACAAACACCGAGGUGCUUGAGGACGACAGGGAUUUAGCUAAAAUUGGAGGAAAAAACCAAUACAGUAAGAUGUUUCCCCCAAAUGAUCCUCGUGUUACAUUGGAAGUACAGAAUGAUUACUACUUUGCAGAUGAAGAUAUUUACUUUUUCAAUCAUUUCAAUGAUUCUAACUAUUCGCAAUUUCUAGAAACCAUUGACUGUAACAAGAAUGUUUAUUUUAAUUACUUGAAUAGAAAAAAGCCUAUUAAAAAUUUGAGCAGCCGUCAAAUUGUGGAAGUAUUGUUAUGCCAUUCGAGGGGAUUAUUCCACGAGGGGGAAGUAGGCAUAUUGGGAAAAACGGAGAUCGAUGUAUAUGAGCACAUGGGAUGUAAGAAAAAUAUCGGCGUAGUGCACUCAAAUCAUGACUAUCCUAACUUUCGGAAUAGCUACACCAUCUUCAAUAGUGUAAAACACGAAAAGAAGGAUUUUUCGAGGAAAGGGGGGGUAAUUACCCCUGGGGAUAGAGUUAUCUUAGAAAGGUUAGUAGACGCGGUCUAUGUGGAUGCAGAAAUCGUGGGAAAUAAAAAUAAUAGCAGUGGUGUAAAUGAUGGUAAUGACAGAAGCCACUACGGUAGUGCUGAUCUUUACAGACGAAGCUGCUCCAAUCGCUUACUUUACGCAAACUUGCUAAACCGAAUAGAGUUCAUUAGUCUUUCUUUUAGCCUAAAGGAAAGUAUUUUUAUCAUUGCAUUUUUUUACCUGCAAAAUUCCUUACCACUUGAAGUGCUAAAUAAAUUAAUGCAAAAUUUUUUGUGCCAAUUGCAGUUACUAAGUAUUGAGCAGGUAUUAAUACUUUUAAAAAUUUAUGGAACUUGGAAAAAUAAUUAUGAUGACUUUGUUCAUGCAUUGUUAAUUUAUUUUUUCAACAUAAGAAUUACUUCGGGCAGUGGAACGGGUGCAUAUGUGGGUGGAACAGCGGAUAGUCAUUAUUGGUCAGCGAGGAAGGCGGAAAAGGAAAGCACGAAAGCAAGAGGAAUAGCACAAGGAAUAGCAAAAGAAACAGCAACAGGAAUAGCACAAGGAAUAGAAGAAGGAAAUGCAAAUAUAGCAACAAGAGGAAAGGAAAGAGAGGGGCAUACGAACAACCCUAGCAGGGAUGCCACCAUGAUAGAUAUAACGAAUAACAUAAUUUUUUUAAAAAUAUGCCUACAAAACAACAUUCGUAUAAAUAAAGCUUUGAUCAUUUUUUAUUCCAAGCGGCAUUUGCCCUUUUAUAAGAAAGAGGAUUUUUUACUGAUCUUCCAAUGCUUUUAUUUUUUAACGGAUAAAAAAAGUAAUAGCAUUUUUCGUGAAAUGAUCAAGCACUUUCCUUUUCAACUUAGCAAAGAAAUACAAGAAAAGGAGAAAAAGUUGACAAGUUCGAUAAAUUUAGAAAAAUUGGCAAAAUUAGAGAGAUCAACAAAUUCAUCAAGUUUAACAUGUUUAACAAAUAUUCGAAAAAUUUUACAAGAACCGCGAAAAAUUGCCGUCUUGAAAUUAAAUUUUGAAGAACUACAAAUAGUGUUGUCUUCAUUAAAUAACAUGAACAGUUCAGAAUUUUACGAAAAUGUAAAAUUAUGUCUAACAAAUGAUUAUUACAACUUUAAUGAUAUUUUUAAAGCGGAAAAAACGUUAAACGGAUUAGAAGAAUAUGAUCAUGAGUGUGAACAUGAGCGUAGGCAUGAAUAUGUGCAUAAACAUAUGCAUUUGCAUGAGCAGCUGGCAGGAGAACGUUUGGGUAAAUCUUCCUGCACACGGGAUAAUAACAGUCUGCGCCAUAAGCGGUUACUACAAGUGAACAUUCAUGUGAUAAAUUUUCUUAUUUUUCAUAAUAUUAUCACAAUGAUAAGCGAAUUUGUAGCGUUCCCCUUCUUCCGGAGGAAUGAUCUAUUCGACUUGAUGAAAAAUGAGAAACAGUCCAAUGACAAAAUAGACUUUAAUGAUGAAGAAGUUACAUUUGAUAUACUCAUUAAGAUGAACACUCACAGAGUUGAUGAAAAUAUAUGUAUUAAGGAGUUGAGCUCUUCCGAGCGCUAUAAUGAGAUAGACAAUAGUACCAACGGAAAUGAAGCGCAUAUAGAUACUGCUUACAUAGGAAGCGGAUUAGUUCGCUUAAGUGCAAUAGAUGUAAAAGAUUUAUUUAUCUGCAAUAGAGACGAUUUAAAUAAAUUUUUAUAUCAUUAUGAAAAAAUAAUACUUAAAAAGGUUUCUCUCACAUUUUUAACCAAUUGUAUAUAUUUUAUAAAUGAAUAUAUAACAAGUUUUAAAAAGAUACUGCUACUAGAUAUUUGCACAAAAGUAAGUGAAGACAUCUUAUUCGUGCUUUCCUUUCUUUACUUGAAAUUUUUAGUUAUUAUGAACUCCUUAAAUGGCUGUAAUAAAAAGAUCAUGUUGUUUCAUUACUCGAAAAUUGUACCACUCAACUACGAAGUUAUAAGGAGAAAGGAAAAACUAAGCAGUUAUGUAUUUCUCUAUUACAAUCUGAUUAAGGGCAGUAAAGAGCACAAUCGUCAGCUACCUCAAAAUGAAUGGAAGACAAGUGAUAAAAAUCUUCUUUGUAAUAAUAGCUAUCUAUUAAGCAAUUCAAUUUUUAACACGCUAUUUUUAAUAUUUCAAAAUUUUUUUGACACUAUCAAACUAAAUUUCAGUACUACCAUAUUCACAUGCAACAUAAACAUUAUGCUCCUUACCCUCUCGUUAUAUACAUACAACAUGAUAAGAGGGCGAGGAAAUUAUAGCGGUGGAACAAAUAGCAGUAGUGCAACGAAUUAUCUCGGAGCAACCAACUGCAUCGGUGCAACAAAUUAUUACGAUUCUUGCCUUAACCUUUCCCCCGACACUCUUAGUAACAACUCUUCGGAUAUAGUUGCACGGGGUAGUAUUGCUAUUUCGAAGGAGAUCAGUGCAACAUUAUUAGGUCUUAUGGACAGUAUCAUUUCUUUUUUUUCCGUUUACAAGUCGAGGUAUUAUGAAGGACGGUUGAGUGAUUCCGAGGUCAUACAUCUGGUCCGUGCCCUAUCUUACUUUAUAUCAGCUUUGCAUUUUUACGAAAACAUAGAUAAGAAUGGAUUGAGUAAAAAAAGUAGUAGUUGCAUUGUGGCUGGUCAUCCGAACAUAGACUCAUGCGUUGGUCAUACUUCAGACGAGGGGGAGAAAAAUAAAAAAAAAAUCAUCGAAUUUUAUCAUUACUCGUUGUCCUUUUUUAUUUCCGAUUUGCGGAAAAUAUGCUUUUCCGACUUAACAGAAAUAAAUAUAUUAGAGAUGUUUGAGGCUGUUUCUAGGAUAUAUAUUUUAAUUUCAUUAAAUAAUAUUUCGUCAGAAGAAGUGGUGUUGAUACUCAAUCAGUUGAUGUGGUAUAUAGUCAAAAAUGAAAUGUACAUUAGUAAAGAUAAUUACCAUUUUAUUGUUAACUCAUGUAUAAAUAUGAAACACAACAGAGCAUUCUUUAUACCUUGCCAAAUAUUUGAUUGGAAGGCUUAUGCACAAUUGAUGCAAGUGCUACAGAGGGUUCAAAUGUAA